AUGUCUUCCGAGAAAGAACUAGAAGAACUCUCCAAGCCCGAAUUCUGGGACAAUCGAUACGCAGAACACAUCACAUCUCCAGACAGCAAUGAAAGUACUGCCGAACAAACCAUUCCCUCGUUUGAGUGGUUCAGAGACUACAGCAAAUUACGAGCUUUUUUCCAGAAAUGGUUACCCAUACCAGGAGGAGCGGAGGUGAUAUUGCAUUUGGGAUGUGGAAACAGUACUUUAACUUCUGAUCUCUACUCAGAAGGGUACAAGAACCAGAUCAGCGUCGAUUUCUCGCAAGUGGUCAUCAACGCCAUGAUGAUGAAGUACGCAGCGCUGGGGACGACGUGGUCUGUUAUGGAUGUACGGAAACUGGAAUUCCAGGAUGCGAGUAUCGAUGUUGCGAUUGAUAAGGGUACGCUGGAUGCGUUUCUACAUGGCAGUCUGUGGGAUCCGCCAGAGGAUGUGAGGGAGCACGUUGGGGCUUAUGUUGAUCAAGUUGCUAGGGUUCUGAAGCCAGGUGGAAAGUGGUUAUAUAUCACGUAUCGACAGCCGCAUUUCAUGAAGCCCCUGCUGUUGAGAGAAGAGAAGUGGACGUUAGGGGUUGAGACACUAGUCGAUCCUGAUGGUGCGGGCGGCUUUGAGUAUUUCGGGUUUGUGAUGACGAGAAAUGGUAAUCCUCCAUGA